UAAGUACACGCGACAAGCUUGCAGCAGCUAUAAAAAGGUUCUCCGGCUUCGGCCAUCACGGUUAUUCUGUAAACAGCAGCUGUGGUGCUCAUAGAGGGUUUAGAAACAAACUGGAGGACACCAUGACGAUAGACACUCAGUCCAACGGAACCACCGUGACUGAAGUGGGUCAGUUUCUGAAAAACCCACCGGAGGGUUUCACCGUGGAGGCCUUCGGCUCGGAAUACCGGGUCCACUGCAGCGAAGAGAACCUGGUUUUCAUCGAUAAUUUCCGUUCCGGGGAUUGCGAUAUAGUCUUCCAGAACUCACUGGGGAGGAAGCUUAAAAUGCACAAUUUGUGGGAGUACACCCGCAUGAGGAAGAGUCUGCUGUCCAAGAGGAUUUAUGUGUUGGUUUCUCACUGUGAUCAGAACAUCCCAGAGAGCAGCAAGAAGGAGCCCUCAGAGCCCAAAGUUCUGCAGAAGUACGUGUUGUCCAUCGACGGUGGGAAUCCGAUGAUCAAGUGGCAGAUGGAGAGAGGCCUGGACUGGGCCAUCUCCUCCGUAGCUGGAGAGAGCUACAGGGUGGAGAUUGACUUGAGUGAAAUCUUAGAGAGCUUGGGUGCUGCAGGCAUUAUCGCUGAGAAUCUGAUGAAAUGUAAUCCAACAUGGAAAGACUCCUCCUUCACCCUCAAGUACUACUCUGAUGCCCUAUUUGACUUCCCUCACUGGUUUGGCUUCAGCAAGAGAUCGUUUAAGUUGAGACUAAUAAAAAACACAUGAGGGAGACCAUGAAAACCUUAUAUGCUAGGUUUUCCAGCAACUUCUGUUGCUGCAUCUUUAAGAAAACUGAAGAGGAGUUUUAUCAUCCGUGGAUGACAACCCGAUCAGCUGAAGAACUCCUUUGUUUUGACGGGAGUUUGGUCUUAGAGCUGCUGGUUCUGGAUUCAUCUGCUCUUCAGUGCACUGGCAAAAACUGAAAAGAGAAAUUUGAAAUGCCUUCGAGAUUAUCCAUUCAAAUUGCAUUUAUAAAAAAAAAAAGUCAGAUGUAAUUUCUUUUUUUCUAGAAGUUUGUGCUGUACAGUGGUUGAUAAAAUGGAGGUCACUUGUGUUUGAAGUCUUUUGCACUAAAUAACUGUUAUAAAUAUGUAGAAUAUUUUUUUGCUGAAUAAAAUGCAAUACAAAAUUUUUA